CGUCGAGGAACGUAAUUGGUUCGAUGCUUUACAGCAGUACGCUGAUGUAGUGCGAAGUUUUUGUUUCCCAUCUAACAGUGCGCGUAUGCAUAUUUAUAUGUGUGAUGUGUUUAACGAGUGGUUUAUCUUGUCUUAUCAUUAAUAUUUUUGGAAAAGUUUAAAUAAUUUGUUAAACGUGUCGCAGGUGUUUAUAAAUAAAUAAUUUAAAGUUUCUUCGUGCGUAAAAUAAGUCUUUUUUUUGUGUGUGCUACUACGAAUUUGUAACGUCUUUACAUUUUAUUUAGAAAAGUUUGAACAUUUUUGCGGUGGCAUGUUCCUGAUAUCGUAUUUGUUUCAUUUUCUUCUGUGGCCGGCGGAUACAUUUGCAGUUUUACACGAAGAAAUAGUGACGUCUGUGGAGACUACUGCUGUACUAGCCGGUAUUGCCAGAUUGCCAUGUGACCUACAGACAUCGGGCCCCACCGACAAAGUGACUCUUGUGAUCUGGUACAAGGACAGCGGUAGUAAGCCAAUUUAUAGCCUGGACGCACGGGGUCAUUCCUUAGACCAGGCGACUCACUGGGCGGACGAACAGGCCCUGGGAGGACGCGCGUUCUUUCGCGUGACGGACGCCGAUCAGCCGGCAGGGACGCAUCUCGCAGUCGAGGACGUGCGUGAUACUGACGCAGGCUCGUACAGGUGCCGCGUCGAUUUCCAGGGCUCGCCCACGAGAAACUCCUUGGUCAAUCUGACCGUAAUUGUUCCGCCGAGGAAGUUGGCAAUCUUGGACGAAAACGGGACGAAUGUGCAUCAGAAGCGUGUGAUCGGGCCGUACACAGAAGGAAGUACCGUUCAGAUAACCUGCGUUGCCACCGGGGGUCGUCCGACGCCGCGUGUCACGUGGUGGCGAGACGGCAUUGAGAUCGACAACUCAGACGAGUCCUUGUCCGAACGCCGCGUUAGAAACGUUCUGCGCUUGGAGAAGCUGGAGAGACGCCAUCUCAACACUGUGUUUACGUGCAAAGCGUCCAACAAUGACGUUGUCAGCCCACUUACCUCCAACGUUACUCUUGACAUGUACCAUCGGCUGUGUCGUUAACGAGGCUUCGUGUCUACUGGGUGCCUGAGGCUUUUUUCUUAGAGAUGAGGUGACCGAACCGUGAA